GCGGGGAUCUUACUGCAGACCGGAGGAUCAGAAGACCGCGGCGUCGAUGAGCAAGAGGGGUUCGAGGAGCUAGAAGCACAACUGUGGAGGUGAUCACAACAGAUUAAACGCAACAGGUCAGCCAACACGCUGAGCCAAGAUCAGCGGGAAGCCCCUGUGAAAUCAAGUAGGGUCACAAAAGCAAAGAGAAGAAAUCGAUGAUCCAGGCAGAGCAGGUUGUUAGGUGAAUAGCCCGGGCCUGGUGGUGACUGAGAACACAGUUAAUAUGUUCUUGAACACGGCCUCUCUCCGAAGAACAUUCAGAAUCCCAAUUACCAUCAACCUGCAGGCCGCUCACAGGCAGCACGCACGGGAGCUCCUGCACAGGGUGACAUCCCCAGAAAAUGAGGGAAGUGGGAUUGCAGAAGGCCAAGAGGAGCAAAGACUCCGGACCCAGAAGUCAGUGGCAAGCAUUGGGGAAGAGCGAGCCAUCUUGUUGGGCUUCAGUAUGAUGGCCUUCUCAGUGCUCAUGUUCUUUGUUGUUGGAAUCACAACAGUCAAACCGCAUGUGAACAGUAAGUGGGAGGAGGAGGACAGUUGGUUGCUGCUGCAGACUGAAAUCUUGGACGAGUGGGUGGACUGCAGAGGUGUGAGCAGCAUGCCGUGCCUGAUGGUCACCAUUAAUCUCACACACUCCAAUCAAUAAGCCUUUCUGCACUUUGACAAGGAGUCGGUGCUGCUUACACCCAAGUGUUUCUACGUGCCCAAAUGUAAAAUGGAUCAAUCGGAACUCUAAGGUGAAGUCCUGAAGGUGAAAAGCAACUUGGACUCUCAGCUGGGAAGCGCCUCCUCGUGCCUCAAAGACCGUGCCAGGCACCCCGGGGAUGUCAUCUUGAGCAGAAAGUACCGUUUUUUUCCGUCCCUGUACGCAAUACUGUGGCCUAGCCUGAUGCUGGCUGGCGGAGGCCUGCUGGUGGUCCUGGUCAAAAUGACACAGUGUCUUGCUCAUCUGUCGGGCCAGAUAUGCAGGGUGACGGCGGGGGGGGGGGGGGCGAUGACUUCCAGAUACACUCUGGGGAAAUUCUACAAACUCAUCCAGAGGUCGGCUGUGUCCUCGCCUAUGUGACUGUGAUGUCGACAUUAUCGGGAAAUAAGCAACGUGCCCAAGGUUGUCAUCCCAUGACCAGUUUGAUGAGAUCCAAGCAGUAGUGUAGUUUCACUAUCUGGCAGUAGUAAAGUAAACAAAGUAAAAUUCUAGAGUGCUAUUUUUGGGGGGUGGGUGAGGGUGGCACAGAUGAAAUGCAUUUCCAUUGAUUUCAGUUGGGAAAGAUGGUUUUUAGUUAGCGUGCUCAUGGGACAUAUUGAAAUUCAUAUCUCAAGGCUUUUAUUUUACUGGUUCUUUUAUCAAAAACAAAUUAUUUCGGUUUCAUUACCUGACAUGUUUCGGCUAUCACUUCCACCUUCAUCAGGCGGAAGUGAUAGCCAAAACAUGUCAGGUAAUGAAACCUAAAUAAUCUGUUUGUGAUAAAAGAACCAGCAAAAUAAUUGAAAAUUGAAAACAAGAUGAACACAGUACAACUUAUAUCUUAAGGCAUUUGAGUUUUAGAGUGCAGCAUAAGAAUGAAAAAUAUCACUUGAUAAUAUUUGACUGAAAUGUUUUAUUUGUUGCAUCAAAAUAAUCACAAAGAGGCAAGUGCCAUUACGCCAGUGCUUCUCAAUUAUUUUCUGUUACGCCCCCCCUAGCAAGAAGAAAACUAUUCGCGCCCCCCCUCCCCACCGUGACUAUCCUAACUUGUCUUGUAAGUCGUAAAAUGUUGCACUGUCGCAAACGUGACAGAAGUAACAAUGAGAGCGCCACUGCCCCCUGCUGUAGUAAACGCGCAAUUACACUUUAUUCUAGUACUGCCAAAAAAAAAAGCCUGUUCCCCAGGGUCACACGCGCCCCCCCAGGAAUAGCACCGCGCCCCCCAAGGGGGGCGCGCCCCACUAUUUGAGAAGCACUGCAUUACGCAAACAUUCGAUGUUUGUUCACAGUAAAAUAAUAAAGCUCAUAAUGUUUAUAGGGAGAAACUUUAUUUAACAAUGAAUACAUUUUCUUAUCAGACAAUGUCAUAUGAGAAUGACUACAAAGUAUUUGAGGGGGCUUUAUAUUUAUAAUAUAUAUGUAAAUAUGUACACAGAUGGAUAGAGAAUGGAUUUUUUUUGUUGAAACAUGCAGGGCAUUUAUUUUCCCCUAAUUGUGCUCUUUGUGAAAGCCAUCAUAAACCCGUGUCCUUCAUUCAUCCUGUCAACCUUUUGUCUUUCAACCACUACUAGCUGUCAACUGGGCUCGAUCGGUUUGUUUUUUUUCCUUUUUGGUUUGGAAUUUCAUAUAUGAAUGAUUAUAUUUUGAAAAAUACAAAAAUAUAUUACCUCUGUAGUUAUUCAAGGGGGAAACAAGCAUUUGCACAUGUCGUAGCAGUAGCGGUUCUGUUACCUUCAUUGUGACUGAGUUGUACCUCACAAGUAACAAGGUCAAUUCUAUACAUGAAAUUCAAGUAAACAGCAUCAGGUCAAAACAAGAAAAACAAGUUACCUCAUACAGAAUGUAGUGGGACAAACAACAACCAUGACAAAACAUAUGUAGUAUGUAGAAGAAUCUGAAUUGUUUAUCCAGAAAGUACAGACUACCAGGGUCUCAGUUGGAAUGGGUCCUGCCCAAGCAUGUGACCAGGACUGGUUUCGUUUUUUGAAGACAAUACAAUAGGAAAAUGUGUAUAAAUGCAUUAUUUGGUAAAGCUAGGUACCUCUUACGUAUGACUCCGUUGCACGCAUAAGGGCGACAAUCACAGGAAAGAGGACACUUGCAAAGUUAAAGAAGUGUACUAAGAAGGAGACGAGACAUAACCGGUUGAAGGUUAAAAAGGCAGGAAAAAGCAAGUCUCAUUUUUAGGCUUCUGGAUACAAAAGUUGAUGAUACAGUUACAGUGCAGCAUUGUGCAUUAAUUUCUUCCAUGUGUAUAAUGAGUUUAAAGUUCACAUACUUCCUAGUUGAGGGGGUUGCUUUCCUUGUCUUUGACAUCAACUAUUUUGUGUUGUUUUUGCAUAAUACAGUACUUGUUACGAUCACAAUUUGCAUAGUGUAACAGCAUAAAACAACUGACAAAAAAGGAACACUGUAUUUUUCCUCCUUGCUUUCUCCAAGUGAGACCAAUUUAAACUGAGUGGUCAAAGAGGUUAAUUUAAAUCUGCGCUUUUUUUUCCCUCCAACCCAAUAAUACUGAUAAAAUGACACGACACACAUAACAGAAAUCCGAAAUCAGUGCGAUGAGUACACGAGAAUGGGAAUAGACAAAGGGACUUUUUAAAACAAUAAGACUGCUGAGUUUACACAUGUAGUACUUUGGCUCAGUAGAAAUUGAUUAAAAAAGGAAUCUGUGCAUGUACGGCGAUGGAUAUAAUGCUGUACCAAACAACAAACAUCAAAAGUCAAAGAGUGACUUCAAAACGGUGGACUUAUCUGGAUGCACCAAGGUACUAAAUCAGCAAAACCAGGGAAGUCCAAGUAAUAAAUGCUAUUAUUGAAGUGUUUGCAACAACAACACAUCUGUCAGUCUCAUACCGUACUUAUGGAAAGCUGUUUGAUAUUCUUGAUAUCUAGUUUGAUGUCUAUGCACUAGUAAGCUUUUUGGCCUCACUUGUAUAACAAUUCAGCACACGAGUAGAAGAAAUGUCUUACUAUUUUUUUUCCACAACUAAUGCAAUUUUAAACCGACGAGUAUACAAUAAAAUCUUACUAGUGGAUCUACUGUGAUGAUCCAGGAGGCUAUGAGGGCAUGACACAUGCCUUCGAGCUGUGCCAAAGUAGUGGUAGGAAUAGGGAAAUAAUUUAUUAGUUUAAUUGCUUACUAGUAGGCCAAAAUUAGCACUAGUAGUGUGUGUGUGGG